GCACAAACAACAACUUUUCUUCUUCUUCCUUCUCUCUCUCUCUCUCUAAAAUUGCGAAGAUGAUAGAUUCUACCUUGGAGUUCGUCAACAAAACCACUUCCAAUUCUUUAUUCAUGUUCCUCUUCUGUAACAUGAUCAUCAUCUUAAUCCUCUUGGGAAACUCUAAACCGGGUUCUGAAAUUAAAUCAAAUCCCGGUUCGAGGGAACCAAAGUCGAUAUCUGAAUCGGUUCUUAACUCAAAGCCCGGUUUAAAGAAACCCGUGUUGCUAUCUGAAUCAGUUCUCUCUCCCAAACCCGUGUUAGUAUCUGAACCGGUUCUCUCUUCCAAACCUGGUUUUGAUAAACCCGGUUUGAUCUCUGAUUCUGCUCUCCCGUUAAGUCCCCGUUUACAAGAACCAGUGAUGAUAUCUAAGUCGGUUAGCUCCUCCCAACCUGCGGGUUCUGAUCAAUCGUUGACUUCCAAAUCCGGUUUGAAUGUAAUGUCUUCUGGUUUGAAAGCCGGUUCAGACUAUUCAGAGAAAGACGUGAGAGGGAAAAUGCGGAAGACAGAGAGCUUGGAAGUAGAGAAUGAGAGCUUGGAAGUGGAGUGUAUGCUUCGUAGACGAGCUGAAGAAUUUAUUCGUAAAGUUAAUACUCAAUGGAAAUUAGAGAACAAGAAUACUAAUCUCUUAUAGUACUAAUCAGAGUUUUGUUUUGUAAUUAUGAUAUGCUCCUUUUUUCAAAAACAUGUUUUUAUGGAAAUGCUCUUUCAAAAACUAUUUAUGGGAAGCAACAAGUUAAUAUUUGUGUUCGUCAACAAAAAAAACAAGUUAAUAUUUGUCUGACUAAAAGUGAAUACAUAUUUA